AUUGUUUCAUUAAUAAAAAGUAUUACCAAACAAGAAUUUAACAGGUUAGAAAGAAAUAGAAUUAUGUAUUGUAAAGUGUAAUUCUGUAAAUAAUUGUAAUGAAGUGGCUAAAAACGAUUAAAUACGCAAUAAUACAAAAAAAUAUACUACAAAUGUACAACUAAUUUAAUUGUUUUUGGAUAUUGUGUUGGACCUCGCCAGGCGAUUUGAUAUAUCUUUGUUUGUUAGACGAACUCGUUUUUGUUGAGAAUGAACAGGGAGGAUAACGUGAACUGGUUUCAUGGAAAGAUAUCUCGGGAAAAUGCUGAGAAACUUCUCAAAGAAGAGGGUGAGGAUGGUGUGUUUCUCGUUCGUGAGAGUAAUACAUCACAUGGCGAUUAUGUAUUAUCUGUUUUGCAUCAGGGUGAGGUUGUACACUAUCAAAUACGACGCCAUGGAGAAGAUGCAUUUUUUUCAAUAGAGGAACAUACCACAGUUCAUGGAUUAGAUACGCUGAUACAGCAUUACCGAGGUGACUCCAAUGGACUAGUAACUCGCCUUUCAGUAGUGUGUAAAGGUCAAGCUCCGCCACAUGAAUCUAGAACACAAGGAACUACGAAUCUAUUACACAGAGCGACGGACGCUGGAGAAUUAAAUGUGGUAUCACAGUUACUAGCUUGUGGUUACCGCAAUAGAGAUGCAAAGAAUCAAGAUGGGCAGACCGCUGUUCAUAUCGCUGCGAGAUCUGGAAGAGACAAAAUUCUAAUGAAGCUUAUUGAAAGUGGCGCCACGGUUAAUGUACGGGAUUCGUUUGGAUUCACACCGCUACAUUACACUUGCCAAAAUAACUUGCCGAGUACAACGGAACUGCUGAUAACGUAUGGAAACGCCAAUUAUCAGAUGCGGCACGCGCCAACCGGAAAGGUCCCACUUCAUGACGCCGCUCAGAGAGGAAAUAUUGAAUGUGUGAAGGUUUUAUUAAAACUGAAGGCUCCAGCUCAUCCAAGGACCUUAGCUAAAGAAACUCCAGCUCAAUUAGCCAAGCAUUAUGGUCACACAGAUUGUUAUCAAUUGCUCAAAAACUACAAGUCGGAGAAUCCAAAUACAUGUAAAAGCCAAUGGUACCAUGGUACAUUGAACCGAGAAGAGGCAGUGAAAACCUUAGAGGACUAUUGCAAACAGAACGGUUUAAGAGACAAGGCGACGGAUGGCGUAUACCUCGUCCGCUACAGCGAGCGACAUACGGGCGCGUACGUUUUGACCAUGUUCAGCGAAAAUACGCCUUAUAACUUCAUAAUUAGGAAAGAGAACGAAUGGUUAUUUAUUGAUAAUGGGCCGUACUUGGAGUCAUUAGAGCGAUUAAUAGAGCAUUAUACCAGUGUCCUAGAUGGACUCCCUACGAAGCUCAGCACGCCUGUACCGCCUAAGCCCAAACCGCCGUUACCUGAGUUUUCAACAAUGCCACGUACGAAGAAACAUUCGCCGUGUCGAGUCAAUUCAAACCAGUCAUUAUCUUUAGUGAAAAACGAUAUAUUGAAUGACAACAAAACAACAUCGCCUAACAAUAACAAUGCAUUUGAACUGUUGACGAGAAACCUCUCGUUUUCUUCGGACUUUAACAACGAUUCUCUUAAUAAUAACGAAGAUCUAGAUGGCGACACUUACCAAGUACCUGUGAAUAACAGCGCUGUGACGUCUUUGGCUGAAAAUUAUAAUGAAAUAGCCAUUAAUUCUGAUGGUCAGCUAUCUACAUUGCAAGAAUUUGUACCGUUCACGGAGUUGACUCUUGGUGCGGUUUUGGGGGAAGGUGAAUUUGGUUCCGUAUUACGAGCGGUAUAUUCGCCACUCGAUGCGCCUGCGCAGCAAGUCGCAGUAAAGACCUUGCAUUUGCAGCACACGGACUCAAAUAAGAGGGAGUUUCUCGCCGAGGCGAAGCUCAUGAUGGCGUUACGUCACCGAUGUAUCGUACGACUUAUAGGAGUCUCGCUGGGUCCGCCACUAGCGAUGGUGCAAGAGCUGGUACCUCUAGGGUCUCUCCUGGAGUACCUCAUCCGUCAUCCUGAGAAGGUGUCCCCAGGGUAUGAGUUAAGGCUAUGGGCCUGCCAGGUGGCCGCUGGGAUGCGGUACCUCGAGCAAAGACGAUUUGUGCAUAGAGACCUUGCAGCAAGGAAUAUAUUGCUCGCUAGCAGGCAUCAAGCAAAGAUUAGUGAUUUCGGCCUUUCGCGUGCAUUAUCCGCUGACAGUUCAUACUACAAAGCCAGUAGGGGUGGCAAAUGGCCGAUAAAGUGGUAUGCGCCGGAGUCGUACAACUAUGGCACCUUCAGCCACGCGAGUGACGUUUGGAGCUAUGGAGUCACCUUGUGGGAGAUGUUCUCUUACGGGAACCAGCCUUAUGGAGAUAUGCGAGGAACUGAGGUAAUUCAAUUAGUCGAAAGCGGUGAACGCCUCUCUCGUCCUGAAAACUGUCCCGACGAGAUCUAUCAAGUGAUGUUAGACUGUUGGGCUUAUACGCCAGACCUCAGGCCCACAUUUAGCAAACUCGUUGACGUCUUUUCCCACCAUCCUGAUUACGUCAACAUCAGCCAGAUUGCACUCGAGAACGAUGACGUCACCGUCUGACAGCGGGCGGAAGUGGCGCCCCCCGAGUAUAGACAAAGCGCAGUGUGGAUGUUGGGUGUCGUACGUCGGGUGGCUAUGUGUUUCUGUAUUGGCGAGUUUGAUGAUGUGGCCUAUGUUUGAUACCAAUGACGUCACUGUCAAAAGCGCCAAGUUUAAUCAUUGGAAAGUUCUAAAUUUGAAUUUGUCAUGUUUUAAAAUAUAUAUUAUCAAUUUUUAACAUCUGACUUGUGGUUAUAGAAACCUUAAAAAUGACUUUAAAAUAAAUAAUGAUUAUUAUAUGAUAAUGGCUAGAUGACGUCCUAAAUGUAGGUGAAUUAGAGUCGGUGAAUAAAAAUAGAAAUCUCAACUAGUAUUAUAAGUAUGGUAAGGUGUGAUUAUAUGUGCCUGACUGUUGACGUAAAUAGUAAAAUUAAUGUACAAAAUCUAGUUUAUGGACUUCCAAUAUCAGUUGAGUUGGCGCAUAGCUAAUCGAAUCCCGUAUACAAAUUUUAUACUAAUGUUAGUAUGCAUUUUUGAUAAUUAUUGCUUUUAUAAAUAAAUUUAGGUGCAUAUUAAAUAUUCGUGCUUUUCACGCGUUACGAAUACGUAAAAAAUACAAUGCUUUUAUAGUAAUUUAAGUGAUACCAUUUGAUACAAUGUGUACAUUCCUUAUUCGGGUAGUUUAUAGAAAAUUAUUUUAUUAUAUGACUAAUAUAUUAAAUAAAUAUAAGUAUGAAUACCUUUUUAUGAUAAAAUGCCAUAAAACUAUAUGUAUUGCCGUGUUGGUUGUGUUUUGUUUUUGUACAAAAUUUUAAUCGUAGUUACCUAAAUUUUCUGUUAUUGAAGAAUUUAUAUUAAAUUCUAUUGUACGAGUCUGAUUUAGUAUAAAAUAUUAUUUUUAAUUAUUUUA